UCCAUUAAAAAAAUCACAAAUUCACAAACAAAUAAAUGUACUUUUUCCAAAAUAAAUACCUGAGAAACUUUAUCUCAUUGCCACGUUAACUAGACCCCACGUGUUAUCCCCUCCACUUUUUCAGUUCAACGAAACCUUGUACGGUUCUUCAAUUCUUGUGAACCCAUUUGAGAUUGUAGAUUUUUACAUAGUUUUUACCAUAAAAGGAUCGUUUUUUCUUAACCCCUUUUGUUUGUAUUUCUCAAUUUAUCAAAAAUUGUUGUCAUCUGAUUGAACUUUUGUUAGAGAAAAGACAAACUUUUUGUGUUACCCUUUUGAAUUUUCUCUAUUAUAUGCACGGAUUUCCCAUGGUUUUGAUAUAAAUUUGAUGAAAAAUGCUCUUUGGGUGAAAGGGUUUUUUAGUGUGAAGUUGAUCGUUGUUUUUUCUUUGAUUUCUGUAAGAAAUCUGUAAUCAAACAUGAGUACAAGUGUUUCUCUCAAUCUUGAAUGUUGGAAACUGAGAACCCUCUAUUCUCUUCCCUCUGAUUCAUGGAAAUCACCUCGUUCAGUUUCUUGUCCUACACAGAAACAUGUUACUGAGAGGAACAAAAUGAAUGGUUUUUCUUUUUCCUUGUUGUCUAGGUCAAGGAGCUUGAAGGGUAAAAGAGUAAAUCGUGCCUGUUCUUGUUCUGCUGUUUUUGAUGAUUUUCAUUUUGACAGUGAAGAAAAUGGAAGAGAAAUCUUGGAGCCUUCUUUACUUGGUAUUCAACCUGAACCACCUAGUUGGCCAGAGAGAGAAGAGAUUUUGAGACUGAGUUUUGAAAGGAGAGUGAAAAGUGUUGGAAUCCCUUUGUCUAUUAGGAUGAUUAAGAAGAAGCUGCAAUUGGAACAAGGUUUUAAGGAAGAAUCAAGUGAAUUGAAUAAUUGUUCUGUUAAGAAGAGUUUUGGGUCUUUGUUGUUUAUUCUUCAUGAGCUUCAGAAUCAUGCUUUGCAAACAAGGGAAUCACUUUGUGGUGAAGAUUUGAAAAGUGUAAUGGUUAAGCUAAAUAGAGAAAUGGAUGAUUCAUUUGUGUGGUUGUUUCAACAGGUUUACAGUGAGACACCAUCUCUCAUGGUUGAUGUUAUGGUUUUCAUAAGCAACUUUUCUGUGUUUUCUAUGUAUAACAACAAUAUUGUUAAGGAUGUGAGUGAAGUACUACAUGGUGUUGUGGUUCAAGAUGAGUGUGUUAAGGAGGAGUUGACAGAAGAGGAAGAAAAGUUAUGGAAUUCUAUGAUUGAGGAAGCUUCAAAGAUGCAAAAAGAAUUGAGGGGUGAAGUUUUGUAUCAUGAAACAACGAUGAAGUUUGUGGCACCAGUUUGUGUGGAGAUUGAAGGGGAUCAAUAUGAGGAAUAUGAGAAAACUGAGGCUUAUUACAAAAAGCAUAUAAUCCUUUCACCUUACAAUUCACUUCUUCUGUCAAACUAUGCACAGUUCCUCUUCCUUGUUCUUCAUGACAAUGAUGGUGCUGAAGAAUACUACAAAAAAUCAGUGCUAGUGGAGUCACCAGAGGGUGAAGCAUAUUGUAGAUAUGCUGAUUUCUUGUUGUGGAUAAGAAAGGAUAAUUGGGCAGCAGAAUUGAGAUAUCUACAAGCAUUGGAAUCAGAUCCUGGCAACACUUAUUAUUUGUCAAAGUAUGCUAGUUUCCUUUGGAAUACUGGUGGACAACAAGACAAUAGUACUAGCUUUCCUAUAGAAGAAUUAGAUAACUUACAAAUAUGAUAUUCUUCAUAUUGUCUAUCUAUUUAUCCCACUUUAAUUUAAUAAGCUGUUUUUCUUGAAUGAGAAGUGGUGUAAGAAUAUGCUGAUUGUUGCUCUGCUAUAAAGCUGUCUAAAA